AUGUCUGAUUCCAACACAACCAACUUCACCAACCCCUCCACCUUCAUCUUGCUCGGAAUCCCUGGCCUAGAGGCCUCCCAUGUCUGGAUCUCCAUCCUCUUCUGCACUGUCUAUGCCAUCGCCAUCAUGGGGAACUUCAUUAUCCUCUUCAUUGUCCUGUCUACGUCCAUCCUGCCCAAAACACUGAGCAUCUUCUGGUUCAAUUCCAGGGAGAUCGGUUUCAGUGCCUGCCUCACCCAGAUGUACUUCGUUCACUCUCUGUCAGUGAUGGAGUCGGGGAUAUGGGUGGCCAUGGCGUUUGAUCGCUACGUGGCCAUCUGCGAUCCCCUGAGACAUUUCACCAUCCUGACAAACUCCAUGGUAACCAAGAUUGGCCUGGCCGUGGUGUUGCGUGGCAUCAUACUCACACUGCCCUAUCCCCUCCUGGCGAAUCAGUGGCCGUAUUGCAGAACAAACAUCAUCCCCCACACGCACUGUGAGUACAUGUCUGUGGUGAGCCUGGCCUGUGUCGACAUCCAUGUUGGUAGCUACUACGGCCUCUUUUUGGCAUUGUUUGUGACUGGUCUGGAUGUGUUUCUUAUUGGUCUAUCCUACACCCAGAUCCUCAGGGCCAUCUUCCACCUCCCCACCAAGGACGCCCGGCUCAAGACUUUUGGGACCUGCAGUGCCCACCUCUGUGUUAUUUUAACCUUUCACAUCCCAGGUCUCUUCUCCUUCCUCACACAGCGCUUUGGCCACAAUAUGCCCAUCCAGGUCCACAUUCUCAUGGCCAACGUGUACCUCCUGGUGCCCCCCAUGCUCAACCCCAUCAUCUACGGGUUGAGAACCAAGCAGAUACGAGACAGCUUGGUUCGGCACUUUACUCACAGAAGUAAUUAA